AUGGCAAGAUCCAACAGUCCGAGACCGCAUACUGGCCCCAGCCGCGACACAUGCGACUCUUAUGAGACGUACGUGUCCGAGAACACGGCGCCUACGUCUCUCUACGCCAGCACUCAAGCAUCCGUCGAGAACCCCAUGUUCCUCUCCAAAUUUCAACCAGUCUACGAGGAAGACAUCUCCCCCUCCACGAGCUGCUGCCCCAGGUCGUCCUCCGACACAUUUGACUCGGCCAUUGCCUCGGAGGAGGACCUCUCCACGGAAUCCGACCUCGGUACGCACGACGAAGAUCAAAAGAUCCCGCCCUUGCCGAUCUACUACCGGCCUGACGUCGUCCAUCACGACGUCCGCCCUUCCACCCCACAUGACUUCGCCCAACUCUUUCCCUCCAUGGAUCGGCUUUCCAUACGUCAUGACGAUUUGACUCCCGACGGGAACAUGAAUCUCCGCGUCGACACCAUCGUGCCGGGACGACGUCAGCUCACCAUGCAGCUCUUUCACCUUCGCAUGUACGACUUGACCAGGAGGGAAUUCUCUCUACGGAGGUACUGCAGGGAUUCGGGUCGCGAGGUGUGCCAUUCCCAGCGGAAGUAUCUCGAUACAGUGAAGGAGAACGGCGGCCCAGUAGUCACACGACGACAGUCCAUGUCCGCUGCCCUGAGGUCCAUCGCCUCCAGACGCCCGCAGUCUAGCCAUUCAUAUGACAGCCAGCACUUCUCCCCCUCCUUCUCGUCCUCCUCCUCUUCCGCCUCUUCCAUCCACAGCCAGCGGAGGAGGGCCCCUCCAUCCUCCACAAACACCAUCAAGCUCGAGUUCGCCAACUAUGCUCGGGUCGAAGUCUCCAGGCGAGGAAACAACAAGUCCAAGCGCUACGACUUCGAGUGGUGGGGACAUAAAUACCAGUGGAAACGUGUUGUCGACAAGAACAUCGACAUCGUUUCAUUCCACCUCCUGCGAGACGGCAGCAGCUCUGUCCCUGUCGCCCACAUCGUCCCCGAGACACGUUCCCCCAACCAAAUACACAUCGACGAAGCCACCGGCGGCUGGAUCCCCCCUUGUCACAUGUGGAUUAGUGACCAGAGCAUACUGGAUGCGGCGACUGAUGUGGCCCAUGUCAUCGUCGCCACAGGCCUCAUCGCACUCAUCGACGACUGCAUCAAAAGGCGAUGGCAGCCCAAGAAAGUCCAUCGCAUCCCCGUCCCCUUGACAUCCAAAACCGUCGACUUGGAACAGAUAGGCCCGAAAGCCAUCAUGCGCAGCCUUUUGCAGCGCCGUGCUUCUGAACCUGCACCCAGACCGAGCAGGUUCCGUCCCGUUCAUCGUACCCCCCUGUACUGA